AUGGGUUUCACCGACUUCUCUUCUGACUCUGGCCUAGCCAUCGCCGACUCCUUCUUCUCGCGAAGAACCUAUGUUGAGGGAUACGAGCCAUCCCAGGCUGAUGUUGUCACUUUCAAGGCCUUUAAGAGCGAACCAGACGCCGCCAAAUACCCACACGUUGCCCGUUGGUAUAGACAUGCUGGCUCUUUUGAACAGGAGUUCUCCACCCUUCCUGGAGAUGCCUCCAAGGAAUAUACUGCUUAUGGCCCAGAUAGCAGCGAGCUCCCAAUAAACCCAAAGAGCGCACCUGCUGCCGCAGCUGCUGAUGAGGACGACGACGAUGAGGAUCUCUUCGGCAGUGACGACGAGGACCCAGAGGUCGUUGCUGAGCGAGAGCGUAACCUUGCUGCUUACAAGGCCAAGAAGGCCAACAAGCCUAAGCCAGCUGCUAAGUCUAUUGUCACUCUUGACGUUAAGCCAUGGGAUGAUGAGACCAACAUGGCUGAACUUGAGGCCGGAGUACGAAAGAUCGAGCACGAUGGUCUCGUGUGGGCCGGCUCUCAGCUCGUUGCCGUUGGCUUCGGUAUCAAGAAGCUCCAGAUCAACCUUGUCAUCGAGGACGAGAAGAUCUCGGUCACCGACUUGCAAGAGGAGAUCGAAGAAUUGCAGGACUACGUCCAGUCCACCGAUGUCGCUGCCAUGCAAAAACUUUAA